UGCCAAAACCCCUGGUCAGUGUUCUCAAUCACCACGUGUUUAGAUUCCUUUGGAACAGUGAUGCCGGCGGCUCCACAUUGCGGGCUCGGUUUCGCUACUAAGAAAUCACUUAGUCCCAACCAAGUAAUUUGUCAAGAUUUGCUUGAUUGCAUUCUUUCUCGUGUGAGGAGGUCAACCACGGUUCCCACAACCGCAUAGUUAAUUCUUGAUGUUGGUGACAGUUUUAUUUGCCCACUUUACAAUCUGAGGAGUACUGUUUGAUUCUGAAUUGAAAAAAAAGCAUAGAAUGCAAGGAAUGCAUUUGCAGGCAUAGAACAGGCGGUAGAGAGUUUCAGCAAGCGCGGAGGGUAGUCAAUAUUCCUAGCGCAUGAUUCGUCUUGUGGGUCAGUGGGAAAAAUAGCCACAGUCGUCUCGCCUAAUUCACCUCAUCCGGAAGUUUACUGAUCUGUUCCGGCAAAUUCUCUUGGGAAAGCAGUGAGUGGCGAGUUGGGUAUCAAAGGGAUUGACACGAGCGAGCAGGAGAUGGAGGGCCGUUGAUUUGUUUACACGCCAUAGCAACUUCCUGAGGGUUAGGUUUUGUCCAAGGAGGCUCAGAUGAAUGGCACAGAUCCAGUGAAUUCAUGCGAUCAACCUAGCUACUGGUUAUUACUUGACCGAUUUGUAUGGGAUUAAGUUAAUGGGGAGGAGGAUACAACACCGACAGCGAGAAUCCCGCCGUUGGGUUUUUGUUUUAAAUUAAAGCGGCAGAACAGGUCUACACGAGACGUGAAGGAUUGGAAAGUGAUUCCUGCAGGAUGCCAGAGGAGCUUGACGCCAAGGUGUGGAGUGACUUGCCAGCAGAAAUUCUUGAGCACGUGUUGAGACGGCUUCCAUUUUCUACAUUAUGCAAAUUUAGAACUGUCUGUAAACACUGGAACAAGCUGCCGACAGUGUGCGCCGAGGAGCCAUUCCUUCUCGGCAUCCCCUGCAAUUGGUCGUGGUCUGAUCGUGUGACGUGCCUCCGCUACAGCCCGAUUGCCAACAAAUGGGAUAUCAUCGACCUUUCUUUCCUCCCCGCGCUCAUGUCACCUCCUCACGUGCUGAGGAGCUAUACGCCUCAUAUUGAGCGAUUUUGCUCAGAUGGCGGCCUGUUGUGCUUGUGGGGCAAAUUAGUCGCACGUGAGAUGUUAUUAUAUCCCUUUGAUGAUGGUGAUAGUUAUGAAAUGCUUGUGUGCAAUCCCUUGACAAAGAAUUUCAGAGCUUUACCCCCAUUGAACUGCUUAUAUCAGAGUAGUAUAGACCUUGUAAUGCAGGCGGAUAGUUCUGGCAAAUACAAAAUCUUUGCAGUAGCCCUUGUGUACACUGGGGAGCGUGGCAUCAGACUGCGGCAUUACAUGUACGAGUCAGUGUCCAAUUCUUGGGAGCUGCUUCUUGACUUGAAACGAGACUGCAGUGACGUUUCAUUACUACGCUACUGCAGCAUCAUCUUCAAAGACGUUUACUACUGUGUUUCGGGAGGGGAUCGGCAGCAAUAUGAACUCCAUGCGUAUGACAUUAAACAAGAGGAUUGGGUCACUGUUGGCGUGAAGAUGAAGCUUGAUCCUAAAACCUCUCAAGUUUUCUUCGUUACCCGAGGCCCCGACUUGCUUCUGAUGGCUUGCAUUCUUGAGGGGAAGUGGCGCAUCAGCAUCACCAAAGUUGACUUGGAUAUCACCGUCGAGACAAUAGACCCACACUGUCAAAUCUCGCUUCCACCAACCUUUACUUGGAAGGGAGGGGUUGGAUUUGAAUAUCUAGACUCCAUCAUCUUGGCUUCGAAGUUGAAGGACGGAUUCAUGGGAGUCGAUCUUCUCUCUCUGUCUGCAGAUCUUCAAGAGGUGAGGUCCAUCACACCGCUGUAUGUUGUACCCACAUCAGAAAGGUACAGAUGCAUGAUCGUGGCGAAGGCUAGCUUCGACAUGCGAGCCACCGUCCACCUAGCUCCAAACGAAGACUUAGAUCUAUGGUGAUGGACACGCAUCAGCUUCUAUAGCCAGUGUGUGGCGAAGAUGCUCUAGCGGCUCAACUGGGAAUGGUGAAGAAGUAGAAUGAUAUCUAUAGAUUCUGGCAGCAUCGAGUUAUGUGAUUAUAUGAAUAAAAAAUAAUUGAAGCCUUGAAAAAUCA